AUGUCACUUGACAUUUGGUCCUAUGGAGUAUUGUUGUGGGAGAUAUUUACACUCGGAGGGAAUCCUUAUCCAUCUGUACCUGUGGAAAGAUUAUUUGAACUUUUAAAAGAAGGUCAUAGAAUGGGCAGACCUCCAUAUGCUUCAGAAAUAAUUAAUAAAACGAUGCAGUCCUGUUGGCUUGAGAAUCCAUCAGGGCGACCAUCUUUCAAUAACCUUGUUAUUGAUUUUAAUAAAAUGUUGACCUCUAUGGACAACAGAAGUGAAGAAUAUCCAAAUCUAGAUGAUUGUAACAGUAUACAUCCCAUCAUAUCAUCAUGAUCAUAGUCUCUCUCAUGUACGAGGCAUUCACUGACAACUGUGUUUUAUACUAAUAGGCAGUGGUUGUUUCAUUAUCUCAAUCAUCUAGAUCGUCUUCCACAUAUUGAAUUAUACUUGACUUAAUUGUUCAAAGAAGACAACCAUGCAUCUUAUUCAAGCUCAUGUUUUUACAACAAGUGCUAUAGUGAACAAAAAAAAAGUUUUUGUUGCUCUAAUGUUCAACCUGUGCAACCUCAUUGACACCAAAGACAAAGAAAUACUAUUAGAAAUCCAGUGUCUGUGAUUUUUUGUUUGUGAUUUGUGUUGACAAGGAUAAAUAUGUUUAAUCAUGUAAAGUACAGGAACUUAUUUCAAGUCAUUUUUUAAAUGGAAAUGUCCAAAGUUUUUUGAUGACAAUUUAUAUCAAUUGUGACGAAAAUGCGUUCAAAUGACGACGAACGAACUUCAAAUUGUGAUCUUUUGAGAAAUAAUGAAAUUCAAAUCAGCGAACUGUCCGGGACUAUUAAACAAAUUAUUUCGAUCAAAUGACGAAACUAUACUCCUGGUUGUUGA